AUGCCCUUCUCACAUCACAGUCAUUCCGGGCAAUUUUGCCCGGGCCACGCCAAGGACUCCCUGGAGGAGGUCAUCCAACUCGCCAUUGCAAAGAAAUUCCGGGUCUUUUGCCUGACCGAGCAUAUGCCGCGGGGCAAAGAGGAUUUCUAUCCGGAAGAGAUCGAAGCGGGGCACACCGAGACCAGCCUGGUGGCCAACGAGGCUGCGUACUUCCAGGAAGCGCAGCGGCUGCGGGAAAAAUAUGCCGACCAGAUCACUAUCCUGAUCGGAUUUGAGAUCGACUGGAUCCGUCCGGCCUCCCGCACCCUCAUUGAGGCUUCCCUGGCGCGUCACCCCUUCGAAUUCUUCAUGGGGUCGGUCCACCACACGCUAACGAUCCCCAUCGACUACGACCGCGACAUGUACGUCCAGGCGCGCGACCUGGCCGGUGGCACGGACGAGCAGCUCUUCCAGGUGUACUUCGACGAGCAGUUCGACAUGCUGCGACAGUUGAAGCCGCUCGUGGUGGGGCAUUUUGACCUGAUCCGCCUGAAGAGCGAUGAUCCCGAACGGAGCUUCACCCAGUGGCCCGCCGUCUGGGAGCGCAUUCUCCGGAACCUGGACUUUGUCGCCACGUACGGCGGUCUGUUGGAGUUGAACUCGGCUGCGCUGCGUAAGGGCAUGAGUGAGCCGUAUCCUAAAGCGGAGAUUUGCAAGGAAUUCUUGGCACGAGGGGGCCGUUUCUGUCUGUCCGAUGAUAGCCAUGGACUGGAGCAGGUGGGUUUGAAUUUCCAUCGGGUGCUGGCCUUUGUGGAAGACGUGGGCAUGUCGACCUUGCAUUACCUGGAUUUGGCGGAUGGGCCAGCAGUGGAUGAACGGUUCCCACGGACACAGAUCCGCUCGAUCCAGCUGGAGGAGCUGAAGAAGUUGACCUUUUGGCAGUAG